AAUGGCCGGUAUUUUCCAGAUUGUUGGUAAAUGUAAAACAAGCAACACGCUAUUAUCAGUUUUGUUUAUAGAUUAAACGUAUUUUAAUACUAUUACACUAGUGCUGGAACAUAACUUCAUGAUAUGAAAGAGUAAUAAAACAUCGUAAAUAAUGUCUAUGCCACCGUAUCUUUUGGGCCCCAAUCCAUGGGCCCAAAUGAUGGCUCAGCAGCAGUUAGCUGCGGCUCACGCUCAAGCACAAGCAGCAGCUGCUCAAGCCCACGCCCACGCUCUCCAGCAACAGAUGCCUCCACCUCAUCCAAAACCUGAUGUAAUGACCGAAGACAAACUUCAAGAAAAAGCCCAAAAAUGGCAUCAUUUACAGUCAAAACGGUUCGCUGAGAAGCGUAAGUUAGGUUUUGUUGAGGCACAGAAGGAAGACAUGCCUCCUGAGCAUAUUAGGAAGAUUAUUAGGGAUCAUGGUGAUAUGAGUAGUCGUAAAUACAGACAUGAUAAACGUGUUUACUUGGGUGCUUUAAAAUAUAUGCCCCAUGCAGUUAUGAAGCUUUUGGAGAACAUGCCUAUGCCUUGGGAGCAAAUAAGAGAUGUUAAAGUUUUAUAUCAUAUUACAGGAGCUAUCACUUUUGUGAAUGAGAUUCCAUGGGUUAUAGAACCAGUUUAUAUUGGUCAAUGGGGUACAAUGUGGAUUAUGAUGAGAAGAGAAAAAAGGGAUCGUAGACACUUUAAAAGAAUGCGUUUUCCUCCUUUUGAUGAUGAAGAACCUCCAUUAGAUUAUGCUGACAACGUCUUGGAUGUUGAACCUUUAGAAGCUAUCCAGAUAGAGCUUGAUGCUGAGGAAGAUUCAGCAAUCGCAAAAUGGUUUUAUGAUCACAAACCUUUAGUCGGUACCAAGUAUGUUAAUGGCUCUACCUACCGAAAAUGGAACUUAAGUUUACCGAUGAUGGCAACGCUGUACAGAUUGGCCAAUCAGCUUCUCACUGAUUUGGUGGAUUAUAAUUAUUUCUAUUUGUUCGAUACAAAAAGUUUUUUUACAGCUAAAGCAUUGAACAUGGCUAUUCCGGGAGGUCCAAAAUUUGAACCACUUAUAAAGGAUAUGAACCCAGCUGAUGAAGAUUGGAAUGAAUUUAAUGAUAUAAAUAAGAUUAUCAUUCGGCAGCCAAUCAGGACAGAAUAUAGGAUAGCUUUUCCCUAUUUGUACAAUAAUAUGCCACAUUUUGUACAUCUUUCUUGGUAUCACGCUCCAAACGUCGUCUACAUUAAAACGGAAGAUCCAGACUUGCCCGCGUUUUAUUUUGAUCCUUUGAUCAAUCCAAUAUCUCAUAGACACGCUGUAAAAAGUCUGGAACCUUUGCCUGACGAUGAGGAAGAAUUUGUACUGGAAGAGCAUAUUCAGGCGUUUUUGCAAGAAACGCCUUUGUAUACUGACAAUACAGCUAACGGUAUAGCUUUGUUGUGGGCACCAAGACCAUUUAAUAUGAGAUCAGGUCGUACUAGAAGGGCCAUAGACGUACCACUUGUCAAAUGUUGGUACAUGGAACACUGCCCUCCUGGUCAGCCAGUUAAAGUCAGAGUCAGCUACCAAAAACUACUAAAAUACUACGUUUUAAAUGCUUUAAAACACCGACCUCCCAAACCACAAAAGAAACGUUACUUAUUCAGGUCCUUUAAAUCAACGAAAUUCUUCCAAACCACAACGUUGGAUUGGGUUGAGGCUGGUCUACAGGUUUGUAGACAGGGUUAUAACAUGUUGAAUCUGUUGAUUCACAGGAAGAAUUUGAAUUAUCUCCAUUUAGAUUAUAAUUUCAACUUGAAACCUGUCAAAACUCUGACGACCAAAGAAAGAAAGAAAUCCAGAUUCGGAAAUGCUUUCCACUUGUGCAGAGAGAUUCUUCGUUUGACCAAACUGAUCAUUGAUUCGCACGUUCAAUAUAGAUUGAACAAUGUGGACGCUUUUCAAUUGGCUGAUGGUUUGCAGUAUAUUUUCGCUCACGUUGGUCAGUUGACAGGGAUGUACAGAUACAAAUACAAACUGAUGAGACAGAUCAGGAUGUGCAAAGAUCUGAAACACUUGGUCUAUUACAGAUUCAACACAGGCCCAGUUGGUAAGGGUCCAGGCUGUGGUUUUUGGGCACCAGGUUGGAGAGUAUGGUUAUUCUUCAUGAGAGGCAUUACACCACUGCUUGAAAGAUGGCUGGGUAAUCUCCUAUCCCGUCAGUUCGAAGGACGUCACUCAAAAGGUGUGGCCAAAACUGUGACCAAGCAAAGAGUCGAAUCACACUUUGAUCUUGAAUUGCGUGCGUCAGUUAUGCACGACAUCGUAGACAUGAUGCCCGAAGGCAUUAAACAAAAUAAAGCCAGAACCAUACUGCAACAUCUCUCAGAAGCCUGGAGAUGCUGGAAAGCCAACAUACCUUGGAAGGUUCCUGGUUUGCCAAUUCCCAUCGAAAACAUGAUCCUGAGAUACGUCAAAAUGAAAGCCGAUUGGUGGACGAAUACAGCCCAUUACAACAGGGAAAGAAUACGCAGAGGUGCCACAGUGGACAAAACGGUUUGCAAGAAAAAUUUGGGUAGACUCACGAGAUUGUAUCUCAAGGCCGAACAGGAGAGGCAGCACAAUUAUUUGAAGGACGGUCCGUAUAUUUCUCCAGAAGAAGCUGUGGCAAUCUACACCACCACAGUCCAUUGGCUCGAAUCCAGACGUUUUGCGCCUAUACCUUUUCCGCCGUUAUCAUACAAGCACGACACGAAAUUGCUGAUUCUAGCCUUGGAAAGACUGAAAGAAGCUUACAGCGUCAAAUCCAGACUGAAUCAGAGUCAGAGAGAAGAACUGGGUCUGAUUGAACAAGCUUAUGACAAUCCCCACGAGGCGCUGUCAAGGAUUAAACGUCAUUUGUUGACACAGAGGGCUUUUAAAGAAGUUGGUAUUGAAUUUAUGGAUUUGUACAGUCAUCUGAUACCUGUUUAUGACGUUGAACCUUUAGAAAAAAUCACUGAUGCAUAUUUAGAUCAGUAUCUUUGGUAUGAGGCAGACAAAAGACGACUAUUUCCCCCAUGGAUUAAACCAUCAGAUACAGAACCACCACCUCUACUGGUUUAUAAAUGGUGCCAAGGUAUAAAUAAUCUACAGGACGUCUGGGACGUUAACGAAGGCGAAUGUAACGUACUGCUCGAAUCGAAAUUCGAAAAACUCUAUGAAAAAAUCGACCUAACCCUACUUAAUCGACUGCUGCGUCUGAUAGUCGAUCACAACAUCGCCGACUACAUGACAGCCAAGAAUAACGUAGUCAUCAACUACAAAGACAUGAACCACACUAACAGUUACGGCAUUAUCAGGGGCCUGCAGUUUGCUUCAUUCAUCACACAAUACUAUGGAUUGGUUUUGGACUUGCUGAUUUUGGGUUUGCAAAGAGCCAGUGAAAUGGCAGGGCCGCCUCAGAUGCCGAACGAUUUUUUGACGUUCCAGGAUGUGCAGACGGAGAGCUGUCAUCCUAUCAGACUGUACUGCAGAUACGUGGAUAGGAUUCAUAUGUUUUUCAGAUUCAGUGCUGAAGAAGCAAAGGAUCUGAUCCAAAGAUACUUAACAGAACAUCCAGAUCCAAACAACGAGAACAUUGUCGGUUACAACAACAAAAAAUGCUGGCCAAGAGACGCCAGGAUGAGACUGAUGAAACACGACGUCAAUCUGGGUCGAGCUGUGUUUUGGGACAUAAAAAAUCGACUUCCACGAUCGGUGACUACCAUACAAUGGGAGAAUAGUUUUGUCAGCGUUUAUUCGAAGGAUAAUCCGAAUUUGCUGUUCAAUAUGUGCGGGUUUGAAUGCAGAAUAUUACCGAAAUGUCGUACGCAGCAUGAUGAAUUUACUCAUAGGGAUGGUGUGUGGAAUUUGCAACACGAAGGAAGCAAAGAGAGGACUGCACAGUGCUUCUUGAGGGUCGAUGACGAAUCAAUGAGCAGAUUCCACAACAGGGUGAGACAAAUUUUGAUGGCCUCAGGUUCAACCACGUUCACAAAAAUCGUCAAUAAAUGGAACACAGCUCUGAUUGGUCUGAUGACAUAUUUCAGAGAGGCUGUUGUAAACACUCAAGAGCUGCUUGAUUUGCUUGUAAAGUGCGAAAAUAAAAUUCAGACUCGUAUCAAGAUAGGUUUGAACUCGAAAAUGCCCAGUCGUUUCCCCCCGGUUGUAUUUUACACGCCCAAAGAAUUGGGAGGCUUAGGAAUGUUAUCCAUGGGUCACGUAUUGAUUCCACAAUCAGAUUUAAGGUGGUCCAAACAAACUGACGUAGGCAUCACUCAUUUCCGGUCUGGUAUGAGCCACGACGAAGACCAGCUCAUUCCUAAUCUCUAUCGAUACAUCCAGCCGUGGGAAUCGGAAUUUAUCGAUUCCCAAAGAGUUUGGGCCGAGUACGCCCUAAAACGUCAAGAAGCCAACGCUCAAAACCGACGAUUAACCUUGGAAGACCUUGAAGAUUCUUGGGACAGGGGAAUACCCAGGAUAAACACUUUGUUCCAGAAAGACAGGCAUACUUUGGCGUACGACAAAGGUUGGAGAAUAAGGACCGAGUUUAAGCAGUACCAGGUUUUGAAACAGAAUCCGUUCUGGUGGACUCACCAGCGACACGACGGCAAACUUUGGAACUUGAAUAAUUACAGGACUGACAUGAUACAGGCUUUGGGUGGAGUUGAAGGUAUUUUGGAACAUACUCUGUUCAAAGGAACGUAUUUUCCUACUUGGGAAGGUCUUUUCUGGGAAAAAGCCUCAGGAUUCGAGGAAUCAAUGAAAUACAAAAAACUAACCAACGCCCAACGUUCUGGUUUGAAUCAAAUCCCUAAUCGACGUUUCACUUUGUGGUGGUCGCCCACCAUCAACAGAGCCAACGUCUACGUCGGUUUCCAGGUCCAACUUGAUUUAACUGGCAUUUUCAUGCACGGCAAAAUUCCAACAUUGAAGAUAUCCCUGAUCCAGAUUUUCAGAGCUCACUUGUGGCAAAAGGUUCACGAGUCUAUCGUUAUGGAUCUUUGUCAAGUUUUUGAUCAAGAAUUGGACGCUCUGGAAAUAGAGACUGUCCAGAAAGAAACUAUCCAUCCUAGAAAGUCGUACAAGAUGAAUUCUUCGUGCGCUGAUAUACUGUUGUUUUCUGCUUAUAAGUGGAACGUUUCGAGACCAUCUUUAUUAGCUGACACAAAAGAUACUAUGGACAAUACAACCACUCAAAAAUAUUGGAUAGACGUACAACUCAGAUGGGGAGAUUACGAUUCCCAUGACAUCGAACGUUACGCUAGAGCCAAAUUCUUGGACUAUACCACAGAUAACAUGUCAAUAUAUCCUUCACCUACUGGCGUCUUGAUUGCUAUCGAUCUUGCUUAUAACCUCCACAGCGCCUAUGGUAAUUGGUUCCCCGGUUGCAAACCACUCAUCCAGCAAGCCAUGGCUAAAAUAAUGAAAGCCAAUCCUGCCCUCUAUGUCUUAAGGGAACGUAUACGCAAAGCCCUACAAUUAUAUUCGAGUGAACCUACUGAACCUUACUUAUCCAGUCAGAAUUACGGUGAAUUAUUCUCCAAUCAAAUUAUUUGGUUCGUUGACGAUACCAACGUAUACAGGGUGACCAUUCACAAGACGUUUGAGGGUAAUCUGACUACCAAACCCAUUAAUGGGGCUAUUUUUAUUUUCAACCCUAGGACGGGUCAACUGUUCUUGAAGAUCAUUCAUACGUCUGUGUGGGCCGGACAGAAACGUUUGGGUCAGUUGGCCAAAUGGAAAACAGCUGAAGAAGUCGCUGCUCUCAUCCGAUCUCUACCAGUAGAAGAACAACCAAAACAAAUUAUUGUGACAAGAAAAGGCAUGUUGGAUCCUUUGGAAGUCCAUCUUCUGGACUUCCCCAAUAUCGUCAUCAAAGGCUCCGAAUUACAGCUGCCUUUCCAGGCCUGCCUGAAGAUAGAAAAAUUCGGCGAUUUGAUUCUGAAGGCCACGGAACCUCAGAUGGUCUUGUUCAAUCUCUAUGAUGAUUGGUUGAAGACUAUAUCGUCGUAUACCGCUUUUUCGAGACUGAUUCUGAUUUUGAGAGCGCUCCACGUGAAUACAGAGCGGACCAAAGUUAUUUUGAAACCUGAUAAGACCACCAUUACUGAAGCGCAUCAUAUUUGGCCUACUCUUUCUGAUGAUGAAUGGAUCAAGGUGGAGGUGCAGCUUAAGGAUCUUAUUUUGGCCGAUUACGGAAAGAAGAACAACGUUAAUGUGGCUUCGCUCACCCAAUCCGAAAUUCGGGACAUCAUCCUGGGUAUGGAGAUCAGCGCACCCUCGGCACAGAGACAGCAAAUCGCCGAAAUCGAGAAACAGACCAAAGAACAGUCUCAGUUGACAGCUACCACUACCAGAACUGUCAAUAAGCACGGUGACGAAAUCAUCACUAGUACUACCAGCAAUUAUGAGACGCAAACCUUCAGUUCAAAGACAGAAUGGAGAGUUCGUGCUAUAUCGGCUACGAAUUUACAUCUUCGUACAAACCAUAUAUACGUCAGUUCAGAUGACAUCAAGGAGACAGGCUACACUUACAUUCUUCCAAAGAACGUUCUCAAGAAAUUCGUCACAAUAUCAGAUCUACGAGCUCAGAUAUGCGCCUUUUUGUACGGCGUGAGCCCUCCAGAUAACCCCCAGGUCAAAGAAUUGAGGUGCUUGGUGUUGGCUCCACAAUGGGGUACUCAUCAGACAGUCCAUUUGCCUAAUACGCCACCCAAUCAUCCUUUCUUGAAGGAUAUGGAGCCGCUAGGUUGGAUCCAUACCCAGCCCAAUGAACUACCGCAACUUUCUCCGCAAGAUAUUACCACCCACGCUAAGUUUAUGACAGAUAAUCCUGCUUGGGAUGGAGAGAAGACUAUUAUUAUUACCUGUUCCUUUACCCCAGGUUCUUGUUCAUUGACUGCUUACAAACUGACACCUUCCGGUUUUGAGUGGGGUAAACAAAAUACAGAUAAAGGCAACAACCCCAAGGGUUACUUACCAAGUCACUACGAAAAGGUUCAGAUGUUGCUGUCAGAUAGGUUCACAGGGUUCUUUAUGGUACCUUCACAAGGACCGUGGAAUUACAACUUUAUGGGCGUGCGUCACGAUCCUAGCAUGAAGUAUGAACUUCAGCUGGCCAAUCCAAAGGAGUUUUACCACGAAGUGCAUAGACCGGCGCACUUCCUCAAUUUCUCUUCGUUGGAGGAUGCCGACGGUGCGGGAGCCGAUGGAGAAAAUUCUUUUGCAUAAAAAGUAAAAUGUUCAGUUAUUUUAGUAGAUAGUAUGUAGGAUUAAGGGGUCAGAGCCUGACUAUUAUGUGUAAAAAAAGUAAAAUAGUUUGACCCUUUUUUUUUAAAUCUAUAAUAGUUCUUAUUCAUAUAAUUUUUAAUUUUAAAUUAGAUUGUUUUAAAGUUUUGUAUAUAUUAAUUAGGUUAUUUUGAAAUUGCGGUAAAUUUGUUUAAGUUAAUUAAAAUAAAAUUUCUAUACAGAA